AUGGCUCAUUUCAAGACCAAGGUCAUUCUAGUAGUAAAUGUGGCUCUGUUAUGUGGAUAUACUCCCCAAUACAAGGAACUAGAGGCUUUAUAUGAGAAGUAUAAGCAAAAUGGACUAGAAAUAAUAGCAUUCCCCUGUAAUCAAUUUGGAUCUCAAGAACCUGACGAUGAAAAAGUUAUAGUACAAACUUGCAGCAUAAAAUAUGGUGUACUGUUCCCCAUAAUGAAGAAAGUUCAUGUCAAUGGUGAUGAUGAGGAUCCCAUAUAUACUUAUCUCAAACUGGAAAGAAGGGGCCAUCUAGGAUUUAGUGGUGUCCGAUGGAACUUUGAAAAGUUCCUUAUAAGCAAAUCUGGUGAUGUUGUGGCACGUUACUUGAGUAAUGUAACUCCAAUGCAAAUAGAACCGGUGAUAGUCAGAUUAUUAGAAUUGUAA